CCUAUAAGUGGACCUCUUUGUACUCUACGUGAUAGUGGACUAAGCGAUUACCACACCGGCGAUGAAGAUGAUGAAUCAGCUUCCAGCUGGUGUAAGUCGCGUAGGAAAUCUUCAGGACCGCCACAACCACACUCCCCCAGAUAUUCAUCCAUUUUGGCUGAUCAUGGGAAAUCAACUUCCGGCCCAAAUGGCUUAGGAUUAUCUGACUGCCCACGCACAUCUGUCCGCAAUCUGGCCACCAAAUUUCUUCAUAUCGGUCAACUAGAGGAGAAAAACGCUGCACAGGCACAACGAAGAUAUGUCUGCUUAUUCGAUUUUCUUAUCGACAUAUUCAUUCUAAAGUUUUUUUGA